CCAUGUGAACCACGCACACCGGUCGCCUUAUUUAUUUCUAUUUAUUAUUUACCUUAUUUAUUAAUUUAUUUAUGAGUGCGUGUGCGUGAGCGCGCUCGCGAGUGAUUUGUGAGAGUGCAACAGUGUGAGUGUGCGUGUCAAGCGACAAGCGGCCAGUGAAGUGCACCGAGUGAUUGCAGUGUGUGAGUGCGCCGAGAGUGGCGUGCGCAGCGUGCGCAGCACUAGUGCGGCGAGCAGCCUUGGAGAAAAUGAGACAGCAACGCGUCGUCUGCUGGCAGGCCCUCGUGGUGCUGCUGGCGGUGCUGCAGGCGUGCCGAGGUGACACCGUCGCCGACACCAACAAGCAGGGCGCCGGCAGCUACGCCGUCAUCAGCACGGGCGACAGCGUCCGGCCCGAAAAACAGGAGGCCGUCAUCGGCGCCGGCAACCAGAUCAAGAGCAAGGCCCAGUACGCCCGGACCGCCAUCCGAAUAGCCAAGGAGCUCGGCAACCCCGAGGACUACGAGACCAUCAAGGUCCCCACCCGCACCGGCGAUGUGGCCUCCUUGGUGGUGAAGCGGCGCGGCCGCAACCACAGCCUCAGCCCGCCACAAACGGAGCACGCGCAGCACGGCGUCGCCCAGGCCCGGCUGGCGGCCACCAACGCCACCACCCGCCUGGCCAACGCGACGACGACGACCCGCCUGGCCAAGGCGCCCAGCGCCAGCGCUCGCGUGCCGCGGCCCGUCAACAUCCGCUCCACCACGGUGCUCGUCAAGGGCAACGCCGCCGAACCCAAGAAGUCUCGGUCCCUGAUGCACAUCGACAACGAGGGCGUGCCCGUCAUCACCGGCGUGAGGGUGCCCGACGACGAGGACGACAAGAUCCACACGUGGCGCGGCGCCAGGGUCAUCAACAACACCCUGGUAGAGGGCCCGUACGUCGCGCCACCCGCCGUCCCCGCCGUGGAGGCCGACGACAAGUCCGCGCGCAACCCGCCGCCCGCGGCACCCGCCAUGCCCGCGUCCCUCAACGACGCCGUCGUCAAGAAGCUCGCCGAGAGCACGGCCCAGUCGCCCUGGAUCCCCACGUCCCCGGACGGCGCCAACGUCGUGGCCCCGCCCAUCCUCACGCCCCAGCUCCACGGACUGCAGAGCCGCGCGGAGCAGCAGCGCCGCAUCCUCGAGUACAUCCGGGCCGUCAACCAGCUGGAGGCAGGCCGAGCCAGCGCGGCCAGCGCGCGCGGCCGCAUGCUGCGGAACACUGAGGCGCAAGCCGAGGCGCGCGUGCUGCACUACCAGCCCGCCGUGCUGUACAGCACGCAGAGCACCAACCCGUCUCGCGUCGUGUCCUUCGAGGAGGGCCUGCAGGGCGUGCGCACGCCCGUGCUGCAGUAUGCGCACCCCGAGCUGGGCGUGCAGCCCGCCAAGGUGGCCCCGCCCGCACCCGCGCCCUCCAGGACCCAGGACCGCGCGCUCGCCUACUUCGGCCAGGACAUCCACGCCGACCGCAGCCCCUACGCCCGGGAGCCCGGCCUCGACCAGCCCGAGGAGCCCGUCAAGGCCGCCAGCGCUAAGCGGUCGUCGUCCGAGGCCGCCGUCAACACCGCCAGCAGCCUGCCCGUCCAGAGCCUUCCCCAGCGACUGAAGAAGGUGCAGCCCCUCGAGGACUCGUACGGCCUGGCCUCCGACAAGUACGUCAAACGCUUCCCGCACGCGGCGUCCUCCUACAAGGACUACCGCGACUACAAGGAUGACUACGGCAUGGGGUACGGCUACCGCUACAACAGCUACAACCCGCACUACACCGGCUACUCGGCAGCGCACUCGCCCUUCCUGGAAGACUCCCGGCCGUUCUGGGUGCGCCUCUCCGACUCGAUCCGCGACAGCAUGCACACCGGCAUGGAGCGCAUGAGCGACCUGGCCCGGCCCGUCGUCGACCCGCUCAUGGAGGCGUCGGCCAAGAUCUCGCAGAACUUGGGCUUCUCGCACGGCAACGGCGUCGGCACCCGCGGCGUGCAGGGCGCGCAGGACCGCCUCGGCAGCGUCGCCGCGCCCUCCAUGCUGCUGCCGGCCCUGGGGCUGGUGGCCGGCGGCGCCGCGCUCGGCCUGGGCGCCGUGGCGGUCGGCCGCUACCUGGACGUGGACGUCAUGGCCAAGCGCAGCGAGGCCAGCGACGAGGACGACGAGGACGCCCUCGAGAUGGAGCACAAGCGAGCCCUCGCCGCCAUGCACUACGGACAGCAGCGGUACCUCUCCAACGCCGAGCCCAACGCCGACCUGAACGGAAGACAGGUGACGGACGCCGACGUGGUCGCGCAGGUCGUCGGGGUGGUCAACGCGCAACGGCAGCACGAGCACCAGCAGCACCAGCACCAACAGCAGCCACAGUCACAGGUGGUACACUCAAGAACGCGCAGGGACAGCUCGGCCAACACGUUGGACUCGGCGGAAUUGGCGGAGGAGAGGAGACAGCUGGCCCUCCGCGCGGCACAGCUCGGCGCGCCCACCGCGGUGUGGGGCUCCACGCCCUGCGCACAGAGGGUCUUCUGCGACGUCCUCGCCAGGGAGGGCGCUGACUCGGCGCUGCUCAUGGAGAAGAAGAUGGCCACGCUCCUUGCAAUGCUGCCCAGAGUCGCCCCCGAGGCCGCCGCCGUGCACCUCUCCGCCGUGAUGACGGCCGUGCGGCGCGGGGACUGCUCCGUGUUCGUCUGCCCGCUGAGCGCCGCCUCCGCCAGCGACGAGCCCCUGCCCCUGGGCCUGGUGCCGCGGCGGUGAACGGGCAACGCCAACGGCCGACGGCCGCAGCGCUCGGAGCGCUCCACUCCACUCCGUCCCUGCUAGGACUACCAAAGAUAGAAGCGUAGACGAGGCACCGCGUCGUCUGCCGUGCUCCAGGGCCUUGUCGGCGAGGAGGGACAAGGCACUGUUUCCGGAUACAACAGCUCAAAGACUCCGCCAUCCCCGUUCUUCCCGACCCUUCGACCGAUGGCUCGGCUACCGGUAGCCGAUGUGGCAAAGAGCUCAGGACACCCAGGACGGCCCAGAGACGUCCAGCUAGGCCUCUAGGAGGGCCGGACCGCAAACCUGAAGGCGCAAGGCCACCACAUACCCAAGAGUCUACCUCAGACCCUGCAGAUCUGCUUCAUUUGUUGUUAAGAUAAGUUAUCAAUAUGACAAAGAUAUAUUUAAUAGGAAAUCAAAAAACACAUUUUGCCUGCAGAGAGCAGCUCAGUUCCAGGGGGAAAUUCCUGUCCUUGCAACGUGUGUGUAGUAAUUUAAAUGGGUUUGAAGACAGUUUUCAGAAUGUUCAGGAAAAGAGUGUGGAUGAAAAUUAUAAAGCUUGAAUGGUACUCAACCGUAUUGUGGGUUUAUUAUAGACUUUGUGCCAUCAAAUUAAAAAUGUAUUUGGGCUGCUUUAUAAAGUAAUCUGGAAACUUGUAUUUCUUUUGACUGACUUUAGGUAAUAAAACUAAAUCUGAAAUACAUUCAAUAGAAAUAUUUAAA